AUGGAAAAUGAUUCUCUCGCAUCCCUCGAUAUUCUUAGAGAUGUGCAUCGCAUGGCGAGUUUUUUCACUAAGCAACUACUGACCCCGGAAAGAGAAUCGGUGGAAGCCAUCCAGGCGACGAUCUUUCGAGUUCCUGAGAACAUCCGCAGAACCAAUGCCGAUUCUUUUGAACCAAAGAUGGUCUCUCUCGGCCCCUACCACCAUGGAAAGAAACGCUUUCGAGCAACGGAUGAAAGGAUCAAAUUGCCCAAUGCCACCAACUUUUUCAAGCGCACCAACCGCAUGGACGUGGAUUUUGUGCAGCGCAUUGUCGAGCGAUUCAAGGAGUGGGAGCCGAAUUUACGUUGUGGCUAUUCGGAGCAGAUCAGCAUGACCAGCAAUGAGUUCGUGGCGAUGAUGAUGCUCGACUGCGCUUUCAUGGCCGAGUUUCUACGGGAGCAUGCCGCGGGGUGUUAUGUAACACAGAAGGAAGACUACUUGUGGAAGUGGGCAGCUCCAUCGAUUGUCAACGAUAUGCUGGUUGUCGAAAACCAGUUACCUCUUCCUCCCCUUCUUUAUCUCCUCAAUGAGCGCACAGAUGACAAUCGCCUCUUAACGAAAUUCCUCUGGCAUGAUAUCAUGCUGCUAAUUCACCGAAACCUCUCUCCGCCCUGGACCUCGACCUCGACCUCGACCUCGAACGUUAUCUUUAAAGAAAAUUCUCAUUUGCUCCAUCUUUUUCAUGGAUGGCUAGUUAGCCAGCUGCGAGGAAAGGCGAAACAUCUGGAUACCGCCGACUUACCUUCCUUCCCUAGUGCUGAGAUGCUCGAAUUGAAGCAAUGA